AUGGCAGCAGAUCCGCUCUUAUCAUCACUAUGUCGCAUCUGUCAUAUCAAUCCCACAAAGUACACAUGUCCGCGGUGUUCUCAGCAAACAUGUUCACUUCCCUGCUCCAAACGUCACAAAGUCUGGUCAUCAUGCUCCGGUAUUCGCGACCCUACCGUCUACAAACCAAAGUCACAAUUAGCAACUCCCUCAGGAAUUGAUCAUGAUUACAAUUUCCUUCAUUCAAUCGAACAUGGAAUCGAGAGAUCGGAAAAGGAGAUCGUGGAGGAGCGAGGGCUUGUAAAGAAAAUGGAACUCGAGAUGGCAAGGAAAGGGCCCAAGGAGGAUAGAAGACGACCCAACAAAAAUCCGGCACAUCAGCGUGAAGAUUUCAUCACAAAAAUGCUACAAAAUUCUGGAAUAACCGUAGCCAAAGCACCGUCUGGAAUGUCGAGAAAUUGCGAGAACACAUCGACGUGGAGUAAAGCACAGAAGUGUAUGAAUUGGCAGGUGGAGUGGAUUCGAGAGGCAGAUGCAGGCGGAAGGGUAUUGAAUAAAUCGGUAGACAGAUGGCCAAUCAACGACAUCUACUCACUCCUCUUGGAAGAACAACGAAGAAAGAACAUGGCACCAGAAAAAAAAGCGGCUGAAAAGAAGAGGAAGGCAGAUGAGUUGAAAGAGAGGCAGACUAAGAGAAUUAAGUUGGAUGAACGCUUAUUGGAUGUAGCGCCAGUAUCAACUUUUCAGGAUUCGACUGGAGCUUGGAAUGUAAUUUUGAAUCAGCCAAUAACAUCGAAUGAUCAAAAUUUGGCUUGCCAAUCUCAUACAACACGGAAGCUGGAUCCCAAGUAUCAUUUCUACCUUCAUCGACCUAAGACUCAAUCAUCAUAUCCUAAAGUACUGGUGCCUCUAGAUCCAACACAACCACUCUAUAAAGUCCUACAGAAUCGCACAGUACUCGAAUUUCCUACCAUCUACGUUUUUGAGACGGACAAGCUUCCGGGAACCUUCAUACUGGAAAGGUCUUAUAUUGAAGCUACUGGAGACGGACCAGCUGCGGAGACGGAAAGUGAGGAAUCUGAGGAUGAUGAUACGAGUAGUAGUAGUGAUCCUUCUUCAGAUGAGGAUGAAAACGAAGAAAUGAAGGAAGGAGAAGUUGCACCAUGA